UUGACAUUUAAAUUCACAUUUUUUUGUAGCAUCAUGUCUUUAUCUUGUGAAAAUUUCAUUAAAUUCCAUCAGUCCACUAUCAAGAAAAUAGAUACGGAAAAAAAUUUUCUAGAAGUAAAUUUAAAAUCAAUUAAACAAAUUAAAAACGAAAGUAUCGAAGAAAUUGAAAACCUCAAAUUUUCAUUUCUCAAACAAGCAUCAGGAAAUAUCAAUAAUACUAAAUUAAGUUGUAUACCGGUGGUUAUUAGAGAAACGAUUUUAGAAGAAUUGGACAGGGACGUCAGUUUAAUUCAGAAUAAAUGCGAUUUAAUUUGCAACGAUUUGCGAAAAUUGAGAACCAACAUGGACGAAAGACUCGUAUUAAUGAACAAAAACGAUUUUAUAAUGAACAUAUUAAAUUACAAAUUAUACGAAAUCCAAUACGAUUUUUCCAAAACCAUAAAACGGUUAAAGGAAAAAAAGAAAGAACUCGAAAAUACCGAAGUGAAUAGAACAAACGAAUCGAAAAUAGCUUUAACAUUUAUAGAAAACGAAAAAGAAAUAAACGAAUGCGAAUUGACGCACGAAGAACAACACAAAAGCGUCAGACAACAGAUGCUGGAAGCGCAAGAAGGAUACGAAAAAUCCGCGAAUAUUUUAGACGAUUGCUUAGAAGUGAUGAACAAAACUUUCUCCAACCUCAUAACGCUAAUUGAAGCUCACAAACGCUGCAGCAGCGACUCGACCAUUGAAGAAACCAUCGAAUUGGACCAAUUGAAAGAAAUGUUGGACGAAUGCAGAAAAUUACAAUCCACCGGUUGGAGAACUCAAGUACAAGACCUAACAGAUUUCACCGCAAAUCAAGGAUUAAGAUUCAACGAAGAAGGACUUUUGGUUACCGAAUCCGGAAGGGAAAUCAGUUACGACGAAGCUGUUGAAAUUAAAUUAUUGGAUAAUUUGAAAUUGAUCGAUUUAGUUUUUCCUAAACGUAUACAAAAAGUUAAAGUAGACGAAUUGUCGCUACAACUUUCACAAGUCAGUAGCGAAUCAAUAGAAAGCAAAAUGAGUUCCGAAGACGUGAAUUAUCUAAAAGAUCAUUUGGGUACGCCCUUAACAUUAGCCCUUGCCGAAAUAACUGCAGUGCAACCAAGAGAUCCGAUACAUUAUUUGGGACAUUGGUUAUUCAAAUAUAGAUACAAUGAAGAAAUAGAAGAGAUAAAAAAAAUCGAAAUAAAUCAAUUGACCGAAGAAAGGGAACGGAUAGCGAAAGAAAGAUGGCACAAAUUCAUCGAAGAAGAAGCCAGAGCAGCGGUACUGGAAAUGAUCGUUAGAGCCGAAGAAACCGCGAUAAGAAACGAAUUAUUAAGAAUCGAAAGGGAAAAUCAACAAGCCGAAGAACACGAAGAACAAUUGGAUAUUGAAAAUCGAGAUUUAAUGAAAAAUAUGAUUUAAUAAUCAUAAUUUUUUUUCUCAACAA